CAGCACUGGGGAAACCAAUCUAUGCACCAAAAUGUCUAAGUCUGGAAACAAGAUCACUUUCUAUGAGGACAAGCACUUUCAAGGCCGCCACUAUGACUGUGACUGCGACUGUGCAGAUUUCCACAUGUACCUGAGUCGCUGCAACUCCAUUCGAGUGGAGGGAGGCACCUGGGCCGUGUACGAAAGGCCCAACUUCGCGGGCUACAUGUACAUCCUACCUCGGGGCGAGUACCCCGAGUACCAGCACUGGAUGGGCCUCAAUGACCGCCUCAGCUCCUGCCGAGCUGUUCAUCUGUCUAGUGGAGGCCAGUAUAAGAUUCAGAUCUUUGAGAAAGGAGAUUUUAAUGGCCAGAUGUACGAAACCACUGAAGAUUGCCCCUCUAUCAUGGAGCAGUUUCACAUGCGAGAGGUCCACUCCAGUAAGGUGCUGGACGGCGUCUGGAUUUUCUACGAGCUACCCAACUACCGUGGCAGGCAGUACCUUCUGGACAAGAAGGAGUACCGGAAGCCCAUUGAUUGGGGUGCAGCUUCCCCAGCUGUGCAGUCUUUCCGCCGCAUUGUGGAGUAAUGACGGGGAUGGGGCCACAGGCUUCUCCCUGGGGGCCACGUGCUGGCUAGCCUUGUCAUCCAAGUAGGCAUCAUAAAUAAAACAAUUGGCAUGCA